AUGAUUUGUCAUGUAUCAUCAAUACACAAUUCAGCUCAUAUAUCAAAAUAUUUUACUAUAGAAAAAUUUUUAGCAUGUACAACAGGUGAUUCCAACUCAACAAUAGUCUCAUUACUUGAUGCUAUAAAACGACAAUUAUGGUCAGAUUAUAUUGAUAAUCCAUUAGUACCAUAUUAUUCUAUUGUUCCAGUUCUAUCAUCAAUAGUUAAUAAUAUAUCUUUAUCAUCAUCACAAACAUCUACAUCAAUUAUUCAAACAUUAUUUGAUUCAUAUAUAGUAAAUGAAUUUCUUGAUUGUGAACAAUCACGUGCAUUAUACAUUUGUUCAAAAUAUGUUCCCAUAGAUUUUUUAAUUGUACGUUUAUUAACAAAUAUAAAUACAUCCAAUGGAAUAUAUGAAACAGGUCGUGCACUUUAUUUUAUAUUAGGUGUAAUUCUUUUUCGAAGACGUUCAUCAACACGUUGUUUAUUAAAACAAGGUUUACCUUAUUUAUUUAAUAUAAAAUCUAAUGAAUUUAUGCUUGAACCAAAUGUUUAUAUAAUAUGUUUCAUAAUGAAUAUUCUUCUUGCACUUGAAUUUAAUCAAAAUGAUGGUCAAUUAGAAGAUUUAUUUCAUGUUAAAUCAUGGAAAGAUAUUUAUUCAAUUGAUGAUAUUAUAUCAAAGUAUGAAGAUACAACUGUUGUUGAUGCUUAUCAUUCAUUAUUAAAUUAUUCAUCCGAAGAAUUAUUUUCAAGUGAAACACUUCGACCAGUUAAUUAUUUUCUUGGUUGGUUUCAAACAAUUCUUUGGAUGUUUAGUCGUACAGCUAAAUCAUUAAAACCAUUUGUGAAACCAAAAUUAGUUGCUCAAUUAUCAGAAUAUUUACCGUUACAAUUUCCAAUUGAAAAAGUUCUUAGUAUAUUAGAAUUAUCAAAUAAUACUGAAAUUGAAUAUGCUGCAAUGGCUAUAACACGUGAUUAUAUUCAUUUAAAAACAAUUAGUAGUCGAACAAGAAAAACACUCGUACAUAAUCAACAAUUGAUAAUUAGUGAAAAUAGUUUAACAACAUCAACAAAUCUAACAAAAAAUAUAUUUUCAAUACCAACAAAUCUUUAA